GAUCGCGGUACUCUCGGUGUCGUUCUUUCUCCUUCUCCUCCGUCUCGGUUCGAACAACUUUUAUAUCAACCUCUAUGCUGCGAUCGAUCGAUAAAAAUCGAUUCUACGGAGCACCGUGUAAAAUCCAAACGCGUAGACGUGGUGGUGGUGGCUCGUAAAAAUAUUCCUUUAGUCCGCGACGAUACGUUUUAACUAGAAUUCCCGGCCUUGAAAUAGAAGAUACGAAGAAGAAUGCCUGGAAGUGUGGUAGAAGAACAUGUGCGUGACUCUGUCGAACGUUCGUCGUAGAGUGUCCCAGCUACCAUCCCACACUUGUUGCAUCGAGUAGACUGAGAACGAUGGGAGUAAACGCGCAAUAAAUUGGAGGAAUUGGCAUGAGGUUGUUGAAGUGACUCGAAGCGAUGUUUCACGGAUAAUGAACAUGGUGAGAGAAAAGCAAAGACGUCGAAGCGUGAGCGAAAUGCUCGACUGGCGAUGCAUGGCGAGGAACAAGGGGAACCUGGUCGGUGUGGACGACGCCUUCACCGACGUGCCUUUCCUCGAGGACUACGACAAGGACCCGGAAAUGCGUCGCCGGAAACGUUCCGGUACUUGGCCGAGAACGAGAAGUCUGAAUGCACCCAGCCCUAUUCAACAGUUUGGGCCAUGCGGGCGCAUCAUGAGGAAUUCCGCGAUGGUCAUGACCAUACAAGAUCCAGCCUCGCAGAGGUUGACGUGGUACAAACCGCCGCUCACCGUCCUGGUCAUCAAGAAAGUCCGCGAUUCCUCUGUACUGCCGCCUUUCGUCCAAUUAGUCACAUGGCUGAUAGAAGAGAAACGGAUGGUGGUGUUCGUAGAGGCGUCUGUUCUCGAGGAUCCGGGCUUAGCUAGGGAUCCUAGAUUCCAAGGAGUUCGAGACAGGCUGCAGACUUUCAGAGAUGGAACAGACGAUCUUCAGGAUCGUAUCGACUUCAUCGUCUGUUUGGGUGGCGAUGGAACCCUCCUCUACGCCAGUUUGCUGUUCCAGCAAUCUGUACCGCCGGUGAUGGCGUUUCAUCUCGGUUCCUUAGGGUUCCUCACACCCUUCGAGUUCGACAAUUUUCAAGAACAGGUUACGAACGUUCUGGAAGGUCACGCGGCCUUGACACUGAGGAGCCGGCUGAGAUGUAUCAUCAUGCGAAAAGGCGAGGAGAACAAGGAGUCGAAGCCGCCGACGAAUCUUCUGGUGCUGAACGAGGUCGUUGUUGAUCGUGGUCCUUCCCCUUAUCUCUCCAAUAUCGACCUGUUCAUCGAUGGAAAACACGUGACCAGCGUGCAGGGUGACGGUCUGAUCGUCAGCACUCCUACAGGAUCCACGGCGUACGCUGUUGCCGCUGGGGCUAGCAUGAUUCAUCCUUCGGUACCUGCGAUCAUGAUCACGCCGAUCUGCCCUCACUCUUUGUCCUUCAGGCCGAUCGUCGUGCCCGCCGGCGUCGAGCUGAAGAUCUCUGUCUCGCCGGACAGCAGGAACACCUCAUGGGUGUCCUUCGACGGUAGAAAUAGACAGGAGCUGUUCCAUGGCGACUCUCUCUAUCUCUCUGUCUCUCUUUAUCCUUUUAUAUGCAUCUGUGCAGCUGACCAAAUCACCGAUUGGUUCGACUCCCUGGCGGAGUGCCUGCACUGGAACGUUCGCAAAAAGCAAAAGCACCUGGAUGAACUGAGCGACUUGACCCAUUCGUCCAGCAACGACACGUUAGACUCUUUGGACCGCGACAGCUAGGCCUAGCGAACGAGUCACAGCGAACUGUUUAUCGAGAUCUGAAGAAAGUCAGUGACUCGUUGCACAAAUUCACUUGGCUUUGUCGAGAUUGCAAGAGAAUGAACUCAUCGAGUAGUCGUUUCGAUAGUACUUGAGAGAGACUCAUAUAUACGCGUUCGUCGUCCAAGCAUGGAUCAGUGACGUUCAAUCUCUACGGCAUAGAGAGAAACAGAAAAUAUCUCGACGGGCACUUCGACAGCGUGUUAACCCGAGAGUCACGUUAGAGAAAGAAAUGUUGCUUUUCCACUUUCUGUGAGACAAAGGUCAGCGAGGUCUGCGUGAAUCCAGUGCCCUGGGAAGCACAAAAGAAGUGCUUUUUUUUUCGUGUUCAACGCAUAAUCACGUACGCUCCGCAACGAUGUUACACUCUGAUUCGCGCAAGUCAUCUUUAAACGGGUCUUACUUCGGGUUUUUCUUUUUCUUUUUUUUUCUCUAAGUAGUGUUGGGUAUAAGAGUUUACAAAACGCGUAAAAGUAUGCAGAGGUGGAAUUGUAAAGGAUAUGUUAACGAUUAGAGUAUUGAAAAAGUUGUUUAUUAAACGUUAUGCUUGAUAUGGAAAAAUUUAAUCGUGUAACUGAAAAGACAGACUGAAUGAUUAACCGGUUAAACAAAUCUGAAGCAAGGGGAAGAAGUGUUGAGAAAGAGGAUUUCACGUGAAACAUUCAUGUUUAUUUAUUACACACUCGUGUUUCUUGGUGCAUUUCAAACCAUCGACCUAAAUGAAUUACUGUUUUUCAUACAUGAAUAUGAAUUUGGUUUGGUGAUUGCAAAUAAAAAGAGCACACGAGCAUGGAUCAAUCAUUGAAAAUGUUGUUGUCUGUAAUAUUUUUACAUUUUAACAACGAACACGGUACAGUUACUGAUCAUUCUGUUGUAAAUGCUGAAUGUACUUAUCUUAUAAACAUAUGUAUGCUGUACCAGUUAGAUUGUAUUUCCCCUACAUAUUUUGAUAAAACUCAUUUUUGUACAGAAUAUACGGUUCAUAUUAUACUGAUAAAUGAUAAUUAGUGUAAUGAUUAAAAAUAACCACUUGAAAAGUGGCACAAAGACGUAAAACCUGAUAAGGAAAUGAAAACAAUUUAUUGUGUACAACACGAGGGAACCUACUAAGAUGUAAAAUUAUAUUAAAAGACAUAUUAGCUCAAAAUAUAAGUAAUGCUAAAAAUAAUUUGUGGAAUGAUAAAUAUAUAGGCAUAAAUGAUGAAAUGAAAUCAACAGAGAAGGUAUUUCAAGUGGAUAAAUGCUAGAAAUAAAGCCUAAAGCGUCGAAAGGUGCAAAGCAUUUGGCACGGUAAUUCUAAAAAUGCAUUUUAUAUAUUUGUACAUGUACAAAGUACUAUGUCGUUUGGUUAGAUUUCUUGAAAUACCUUGUUUU